UAAGCUGAUGAACACCGAUGUAUUACGGCUGUCACUGUUAAACGGUGUGCUUCCUGAUGUUCGCCGUAAUUGUUCGUCGGUGGAUGGGGUCGUCACGGCCAUAAACCCGAUCAGCUGGAAGGAGAUUCGAAGCCGAUUGAGGAUGUCCUCAAAGAGGAAGUCACCACCAACGAAGCUAUCGGAGGGCGGGGGCGGCACGGGUACAGCGACAGGGGCCAACGAGGAGGAGGAGGACACGACCUCGUCGGUGACCGGUGGUCCCGGUGCCGAGAUAGCUGUCGGUGAAGAAGAUCCAACCACCCCCAUUGGCAUCGAGGAGUGUUAUCCUCAUCAGAGGGGAGGUGAUUGCGAGUCGUCCGGGUGUUCGUCACCGGCGACGACCAGCGAGCCGGAUUUACGGGACUCGCCAUCGCCGUCGUCGAAUUCUCUGCGCACCAGCAAACGUCAGAGGAUCGUCCACGGGACCCAGGACACCCUCCCCUCCUACCCUUAUCCUCACCAUCAUCAUCACCACCAUCAUCAUCAUCAUCACCACACGAACACAUCGUCAUCGUCGGGCGGUGUCGUGGAACCGGCCAGCUCCUCAGAGUGUGGCUCGCCCCCCACACCCCUAACCGUCGACCCGUACUACCCGAACCAUCCUCAUCAUCACAACAACAACAACACGGUCACGCAGAACAACAACAACAACGGGGGCAGCAGCGCCACGCCCGGCGGCAAAAGAUCCAUGGACGACGUACUGAAGAGGUUAACCUGCAAGAUGAACAGCGAGUCGUUGUCGCUGCAGGAUGACACCGCCAACAACAGGCGGAUCACCCCGCCGCCGUCGUCCACGCCGACCGGACACAACGCGCACGGCGGAGGCGUCGCCAGCGUACCGAACAGCGUGGCGCCCUCACCCCCGGCCUCCGGGAGGAUGCAGAACACAGAAGCCCAGGUCCAGCAGGACGGAGCGUCAGCCCUGCACAGGGUGCUGUGCGCGGAAAGCUUCGCGGAGAAGGAACGAAGACUAUCCGAGAUGAUACUGCAGCUGCAACUGUUCAGGGAACAAUUGCUGCAAGAGCAAGAUCAGUGGAAGUCGUAUCCUGGCCACAUGACCGUCGACUCACAGAAGCAAAUCGAGAUACAUCGGCUGCAAACGGAGCAGUUGAAGCGGCAGCUAGAGCACAUCAUGCAACACAACGUCCAGGAGCUACAAGCUCUGAUGACAAAGAGCCAGCUGAGCAUGUCGGGGCCGCAAUCCUUGAUGUUCCUGCCGUUUCUCGAACAGCUCAGAGGGGUCGCCGUGCAAUCGCCUAUGCCGCCACCGUCGGCCACGUCCACCGCCACCACCAACAAACAUAUCAAUUCGAUCGCCAACAUGAUCAACAGCCACCGGGAAGGUCCGAGCUGGGCGACGGCGCAUCUGGCACAGAUGACCACGCAGAUGGAGAAGGAAUCGUCACCGACGCCGAUUUCCUCCGCUGUGGCGCCCACCGCGCCGCCCCAUCAGGACCUCGACGCGCCAUUGAACCUGACGAAACCGAAAUCCUCGUCCUCGGGGGCCACUGCGUCCUCGUCCUCGCCCGGAAGCGACUCCCAUUCGAUCGGGGCCGGAAGUAGUGGCCAACAGGAGCAACCUUUGGCCGCUACCGCCCCGAAACUCUUUCCACCUGGGCUACCGAUGCCACGGAAUUACUUAACGACGCUUCCUUACGCGGGUGGUUUGCCGUCGCACCUGAGCUCACUUUCCUCUCCGAUGGGCAAGGUGAUGUCCAAAGACGAGGCUGGCGGACCGGGUGGUUCGGUCGCGGCCGCGGCGGUCGCCGUCGUGGAGAAGCAUUUCGCGAUGCACGCGAUUUAUGGUCUGCCUCCGAGCGCAGGUGCGAUGCCGCCGUCGCCUCAAACUCAACGACCGAUCAAGCAUUCUGGUUCCCGGGAGGAGGCUGCGCAAGAUGACCAAGACUAUCUCUCGACGCCUCACAUGUGGCGGGAGCCGGGUUACAAGGUACCGGAAGACAUAACGGAAAAAGCGAAAAUGGUGAGACAGCAGAAAAGGGAGAGCGAGAACAAGCCACAUAUCAAGCGGCCUAUGAACGCGUUCAUGGUGUGGGCCAAGGACGAGCGUAGGAAAAUAUUGAAGGCCUGCCCGGAUAUGCAUAAUUCGAAUAUAUCCAAAAUACUCGGUGCACGGUGGAAAGCGAUGUCGAACUCCGAGAAACAGCCGUACUACGAGGAACAGUCACGAUUGUCGAAGCUGCACAUGGAGAAGCAUCCGGACUACAGGUACAGGCCGCGACCGAAGCGUACGUGUAUCGUGGAUGGGAAGAAGAUGCGCAUAUCCGAGUACAAGUCGCUGAUGCGGCAACGACGGCAGGAAAUGAGGCAGCUCUGGUGUCGGGACAGCGGACCAGAGAUGGGUUUCCUGUCGCCGGUUGGUUCCGACAUGAGCUCGCAACACCAUCCGGGAUCAGGAGCCGGUCCGUCCGGUAGACCAUCGGUUUCCCCACCCGCGACUAUGUUGAACGGUGGUGGUGCUGGUCCAAGCUCGGAUCAUCCGUCGUUCUACUACCCCCAGGACAGUCUGUCGCCGUCGGAUAUGAUGAACUUCUCGCCGGAGAAUUCCGGUUCGAUCGGUGGCUAUGACGCAAGUCCGCGGCAUCACGACGAGGAUUGAACCGCGGCUCCGGGUCAGCCGUCAUGGCCACCCGGAGCGUCAUCAUCAUCCACAUCAGCAGCAGCAGCCGCGGCAGCGGCAGCAGCAGCGUCAAGACUCGGACACGAGUUGUUCUGGUAACUACUGCAGGCGGCGUCCUCGAGGUUCUCUCGAACGGAGGAAUAUGGUUUCGAGAAACGGAUCGAACCGGCCGGAAGAAGAGACGCGGUGCACGCGCCCCCGCACGCCUACUACCGCCGCGCCGUCUAUCAUAUUUCUACCGUGAAAGUCAUCCCCGGGGGAGGGAGAGGAACGUUCUCGAGGAGAGUGAACACCCGUGAGCGGUGUUCAAAGCCUCUCGCUCGAGAGGUUGUGAUAUAACGAUUUAUUUCUGUGCCAUCGUACGACGCGCGGAUGCUCUCGUCCCGCGAAUUGGAGCGGCGAGCAGCAGCAAGCACGUUGCUUCUUCCUGGAUCCGCCGUCGUGUCGCCUAUCAUCCCCCUCGCCCCGUCUACGCGGAGAUCCGGUACCACGUCCGAGGAUUUCGCGACGAAACGUAUCCUCGGUGUCGGUGUAUACCCUAGGAGCUAUAUGGGACAAUGUGUGUUUUGGGGGGGAUGGGGGAUACCCGUGACAAAAUUGUCGAGCAACGAUCUCUUUAUCCGUCAAGAGGAUACGGAUACUA